AUGCUCCCAGCCCCGCAGGGUGCGUGGGGCCGCGUUUGUUUGCAGCAGCUGGGCUACACCGACCGGUGGAUGAUCCAGGUCGCCAUGUCCCAACUCUAUUCCCCUCCCGGCCCAGGCGAAAAUGUCAUCAAGUCAGGAGCAUCAGAGCCCCAGCCAGAACCUGUGCCCGUGAACAGCCUGCCGGGAUUCGGUGGCCCGCCUGCGAAGAGUGAGGCGAUGAGGGAGGACCAGCUUGGGACCAACCAAAUGGCUGGGGGGGCGUUCGUUUUCGAGAACGAGUGGAUCCCCCGGCUUUGCACGCGCCCGGGACCCUGGCAGCUGAGCAGGCAAUCAUUGAUUGGGGUCGACGGCGCACGGUGCACUGCCCUGGUCGACUCACAAAGUGAGUCGGAGUUGCACAGCGACCAGGCUGGCGCUUACGGGCCCGGGGGGGGGGGGUUCACUAGGUGGGUCAUACAGUACAUCAAUCGAAUCCAGGAUGCUCCAUCGCUUCUGCAUGGCCCUGCCACCCGGCGGAUAAUCAUCUGGGAAAUGCUCGGCAAGGCUCCGUACUCCGUACAUCCAUCUCCAUCCACAGCCGCAGUGGCUGAAGGCUUCCUGGGAGGGGGUAAGGCCGGGACUGCGCCCGAAGCACUUCAAACACCAGACCCACAAAAUGAGCACCCCUCGACAUCAUCGAGAAAUCGACAAUCACCUCGCGACUCACGACCGAAGCCGUUGCCACUAGCGUGGGUGCCUCGGUGGCGAUGGGGCCUUUUCGUUCUCGUCCUCCUCGACACGGCCGGGAGCUAG